UGCAGUCUUACCGGCGGAACUGAAAGCGGACGUCAGCAUAUGGAGAGCUGUUGACGGGUUUUGUCAUUGCAAGCGAUUGAGGAUAUUCGCUCACCCAUUUGCCGUAAACCUUCGUGACUCGAAGAAGAAACCAUGGACGACAUAGCAGUGGAAACUGUGGAAAAUGUGACUGAAACUGUCGAGAACAUCACGGAAGCUGUGAAAAAUGGUACUGGAAAGAUUCCGGCUACCCCGGAGGGAAUGGCGAUUGCCUACAGCAGCUUGGUCAUUAUGGCAUUGCUGCCUAUCUUCUUUGGGUCCUUUCGUUCCAUCAAGCAUCAUGCAGACCAGAAAGAAAACUGUGAACGCACAGGAGAGAAACCUGAGAGGAUGACCCGAAAGGAUGCAGCAAUGUUUCCAAUUAUAGCCAGUUGUGCAUUAUUUGGAAUCUACAUUGUUUUUAAGAUCUUCAGCAAGGAGUACAUAAACCUGCUGCUGACGGGCUACUUCUUCAUGCUGGGCGUGCUGGCGCUGACGCACCUUAUCAGCGAGCGCGUCGGCCGACUGCUGCCAGCCUCGGUGCCGUUCAUCCAGUACCACCUGAGGUUGACUCAGGAUGCCACAGAGGAUCUCAUCGACUUCAAGUUCAGCACACACGACUUGGUCAGCCUGGCGCUGUCGGCUGCCGUCGGCGUCUGGUACCUCGUCCAGAAGCACUGGAUCGCUAACAACAUCUUCGGCCUGGCGUUUUCCGUGAACGGGGUGGAGAUGCUGCACCUGAACAGCGUGCUGACGGGCGUCAUCCUGUUGGGCGGCCUCUUCAUCUACGACAUCUUCUGGGUGUUCGGCACUGACGUCAUGGUUACUGUCGCCCGCUCAUUCGAGGCGCCCAUCAAGCUCGUCUUCCCGCAAGAUCUACUGGAGAAGGGCCUGGCCGCCAACAACUUCGCCAUGCUGGGCUUGGGCGACAUCGUCAUUCCGGGCAUCUUCAUCGCCCUUCUGCUCCGCUUUGACAUGAGUCUGAAGCGGGGCUCGAAGGUGUACUUCUAUAUGACAUUCGCGGCCUAUGUGGCCGGCCUGCUCACCACCAUCUUCAUCAUGCACGUGUACAAGCACGCGCAGCCGGCGCUGCUGUACCUGGUGCCCGCGUGCCUGGGCACCCCGCUCCUGCUCGCCCUGGUGCGGGGCGACAUCAAGACCAUGUUCCAGUACGAGGACCAUCCCGAGGAGGCCGAGGCAGCAGAGGCCAAGAAGACUGAGUAGUGGACCGGCGCCGAGCUCGCGCCGCCUGACGGACCGGGCCGCGGCCGACGCGCCGCCCUCGCCGCGGGGUUCUGAGCUUCGCCGGCGGCGGCAGGUCUUGUCCGCCCGGCUCUGCCGCACUCACA